CUGUGUUCGCCUCUCAUUCUCCACGGUGACCGUUGAUCUUGAAUCAUGUCUGGACGUGGCAAACAAGGUGGUAAAGCUCGCGCCAAGGCCAAGACUCGCUCUUCGCGGGCAGGACUCCAGUUCCCCGUGGGUCGAGUGCACCGCCUUCUCCGCAAGGGUAACUACGCCGAGCGGGUCGGGGCCGGGGCCCCAGUGUACCUGGCGGCGGUGCUGGAGUACCUGACGGCCGAGAUCCUGGAGCUGGCGGGCAACGCGGCCCGGGACAACAAGAAGACCCGCAUCAUCCCGCGUCACCUGCAGCUGGCCAUCCGCAACGACGAGGAGCUCAACAAGCUGCUGGGCAAAGUCACCAUCGCUCAGGGUGGUGUCCUGCCCAACAUCCAGGCCGUGCUGCUGCCCAAGAAGACUGAGAGCCACCACAAGACUAAGUAAAGAACCAA